CGUUCUCCGGGAGCGUAGGUCUAGUGUGACGUCACGGUAGCCUAGUUGGGUUAGGUUUUACGCUGGAAAUUCUAACGAAAAAUUUUUUGUUUGACGAUUAAUGUUUUCCCCAUUGUAUCUGCUGCAUCGAGCGACGUGAAGAGCUGAAGCAGUGGCGAGCAGUAAUCGUAUUUCGUAAACCGUUCGAUCGCGAAACUUCGCGCUAUCGGCGUAUAUGAGAUUUUAAACGGAAAAUGAAUCGACAUGACGGGGUAAGUUGUGACGCCUGCUUAAAGGGGAAUUUUCGGGGUCGCAGAUACAAGUGCCUCGUGUGCUACGAUUAUGACUUGUGUGCCAACUGUUACGAAGGAGGUGCCAAUACUACACGUCACCAUAGUGAUCAUCCUAUGCAGUGUAUACUUACUAGAUCUGAGUUCGAAUUAUAUUAUGGUGGAGAGGCAGUAAGUGUAGAACAGGCACAAUCCUUAACUUGUCCUUAUUGUGCAAGAAUGGGUUUCACUGAGGCUAUACUACAAGAACAUGUUGCUGCAGAUCAUUCAGACACUUCUUUUGAAGUUGUCUGUCCAUUAUGUGCGUCUGUCCCAGGGGGAGAUGCUAAUAACGUGACUGAUGAUUUUGCGGGCCAUUUAAGUUUGGAGCAUCGUAGUGGACCAAGAGACCUGAUCUCUUUUCUAGAUGAACCAACUUCGAGUAGAUAUAAUAGUAGUAGACGGAUAACACAUUCGUCCAGAGUUGCUGGUGGUGGGGCUCGACCUCGCAGGUCCAAUAUGCAUUUCAGUUCGUCUGGAGGAUUGAGUCCGAGUAGUCGAGAAGGUAUAGAUCCAAUUGCAGAAUUACUUUCUCAAUUAUCCGGUGUUCGUAGAAGUGGAGGUGGAACUGGUCAGUGUUCAUCAGCACCGUCACAACAAUUACAACAUUUGCAAAUGCAGCUACAGUUGGAGCGACAACAAGUUAGAGCUGCUAGACAACAAUUGGAGCGGUUACCUAGGAGGCAGACUCAGGUACUUGGUUCUGCAAGUUGCGGAGGCAUUAUUAGUGGAAGUGGUCAUUCUACUACUAUGACCAGCGUGGUAGCAAGUAGUACGAGUAGUAACAAUAAUACAACUAAUGUGGCGAACCCGUCCGGUGUAUCAUCUACCAAUUCACAGAACUAUAUGUUUCUGUUGCCAAAAUGUAUUACCAGUUCCCUUUCCGACUCGCAGUUGCAAAAUAUCGAACGUGAAAGUGCGAAUCGAAGUCUCUUUACGCGUGAACUUAUUCUUGGAACGCUUUCUCAAACAUUGCCGGAGUUAACACAGCAGGAGUCCGUAGCGGAAACGUCAUUAUCAAGUGCAACUGCUCUCGCGGCAAGCCCCGAAACAUCGACCGCUAACACUUCCACAGUUUCUACCAAGAAAUCAAACGUGACUCAAGAAGCGAAAAGGGAUCAAACGAUGAGUAAACACGUGACGCAAACGUCUACGCAACAAUCGCAUACUGCUCAGACUACUACGAGUACUAUCGCUGAGAACGUGGGGUCAGGUCUCCAGAGUCAAGGAUCGCCCCCGAAUUCUAAUAACCUCGCGUCGUUAAACGCUACACCCACUACACCUAUGGUUCAAACGCUGAUGCAUAGUGUGUUACCCCAGUCAUUGGUACUGCAGCAAUCACUAUCGCACCAAUUAGUAGAACCAAUUAGAGAAACUAUCAGAGAACCGAUAGUUACUCCAACACCAGCGUACCUUAGAGGUGGGGUUGGCGUAACAGGUCCUUCACGUAGGAAGCCGGUUAGGGCUGUAGAUGGCAGAAACCAGUCUACGGAACCUCCGCCCCCACACUAACCCUUCCUUAGCCCGUACCCACUCACCCUGAUUCCUCACAGGACCCUCUAGCACUAGUCCUAGCACUGUUUAGAACACCUCAUCAUUAUUGUUAUUAUUAUAAUAUUAUAUAUUAAUAAUUAUUCGAAUGCCCUCUCCUCCUCACCCUCCCUAUCUUAUCACUUUUCAAAAAAGCAAAAGCAAAAAAAGCAAAAACAACUCUAAUCUCGCCAAUCUUUUGUCGUUACGUGACAUGGAACAAGGGCAAGGGCUGAUUCGCCGACACAUGCAAAUAAUGUAAAUAACACUUCUUGCAGUCAUUACACACUCCUCAGUGAGUCUUGCCACGUUCUACGUCGAUUUAUUAUAUUCACAACAUUAUUACUUGAUCGAGGACAGAGACUGGCAGGUAAAAAAAUAACACAAUUAUAUUAACGUUUCAUGUUUGGUGGCUAUAUGGGUUUGUUAGAACAGUUAGAUAAAAGAAAACCAAUACUCAAUCUUGUUUAACGCAGCAAAUCAUCGGAAUGUAGAGGACUUAAUAAUGCAUAAGACGCACUGCCCGUCGUACGCGCCAGUUUAAUUUCAACUGGCCAACUAUUUGUUUUUUGGUUCGUUUGAUAUACUUUUCUUUUUUUUUUAAAUUAACUAUUAACGUCUUAUAUAUAUCGUUGAAAUUUGUUUUAUGGGAAGAGAUUUGUAAAUUUAGCUGGGUUGAUCCGCCUGCAGAGAUCUUAAUCGUCGGACAAAUUAUUUUAUGGCAAGAGCUAACUGACGUUAUUUCUUUUAAACGUACAUCUAUAUAUCUUUUUGUGAAAUUUUUGAAGUGCAUUGAUCUUUCGUGGGGUAGAGAAAACUUUUUAAGCAGGCAACCGUGCGCGAAUUGAAUGAAUUUUAAAAAGAUAUUUUCUUUCAGCAUCAAUUGCAAAAAUUCAGUUGGCGGGCCAUCCCUUGAUAUGUCGCAAAUUACUAUUCAGGAAUCAGUCUAGUAAAAUGGAGAGAUUAGGCUGAGCGUUAACAAACAAUUAAUCAAAUUAUUUUGCUAUCAAGGUUGGUCGUAUUUAUUUCAAAUGUUUGUUUUUGAGAUUUUUUAUUGUUGUUGUUUUGAAUUUUUUCACGCAUCAUGUUUUAAAACAAUCGUGCGGACAUGUUUUCGUUUUUAAUCAAUCAUAUACGGAUCUAAUCGCUCCAUUUUACAUUGUGAAAUGAAAUCAAGUGUUUAUACGUGUGUUUGUUUUCUUUUCCGUACUAGAGGCUUUACUGAUUCGGUACAUAUAUAAGAAUUGUAAGAAGAAAAUUGCGAAUCUUUGUAAUUUCAUUUCAUCAAAUUGAAGCCUUGCAAUAUAAGUACUUUUCAAUUCAAUAAUUAUUCGCAGAGAGAUAAUGCAUCGAAGUGCGUGUGACGCACAGAAAUGUCCAAUAGAGAAUUCUACUGGAGGUACUAUUCGACAGCUCGUAAAAACGAGCAGUAUUUAAUUCAUCUUUAAUUAUCCUUAAAUCUUCCCUUAUCUUUUAUUCUGCUUUUUGUUUCCUAGAUUUCCCGGUUAUCAUUCACGUAGAUUUCGUACUGUAAUUAAUUUUCCUUGUAUUACUUUCUAAUCUUAUGUUACUCGAUUUGUGGGUGUAUCUGCAAGAUGUGGAUGAAUACGAAGUAAAAGUUAUACAUAUAUACAUAUAAAUUUGUAAAAAAAUUAUACAAAAUAUGUAGCGCGUGUAAUUUUUCAUUUUCUUUUUUUUCUCUCGCGUGUUUCUGGCAUUAUUGAAAGUAAACUCGAAAUCGAAUUACGAUUAACCAAAGGUGUUUAGAGUGAUUACGCACUUCGUACUUUCGUUCAGCGGUGAAGUUACGAGCCCCUCUCGCUUCCCAAUCUGCUACGCGCACCUAUUUUUCAAUACUUCCGAUGAACCAUUCGCGGUCUUGUAUUUUGUGACGCGUGAACUGGGGAAUAUCGAAGCAACGAUGUAAAGAAGAAAAGUAUACUAAUUGCCUUAACGCGAAACCAAGAAGGGAAGAGAACGAGCAUUUCGCGGAAUGCGUGAUUAAUCGGAAACCUUGCAUGUGGUACUUCAAAUAAAUGAUAAUGCUUUAUACUUACUUACUUACCUAAACCGAAUAAAAUAUGUGCAUAUCCGAGAGAGGAAGAUCCUGAGAAAGAAUUUCGUGCACGUACCUCGACGACUGAUAAGCUAAUAGUUAUUUUUCAAAUUUUACACGAAUUCGUAAGCGUACAAUACCAGAACGAAGCAAGACUCCGAGUCUCCCGUCUAAUACAGAAAUCCAAAUAAUAUAAUGGAAGGAAAGGAAGAAACGGUUUGCUAUGUAUCAACAAAUAACUUCAUAUAAACUAAAAAUUUCAAUCCCGUGUUUUUUUUUUUUUCGAGCUUAUGUCACAUACGUUCCCCUUGUUUCCACGUCACUUAUUAUGAAAUCUUCGAUUUUUACUAUCUACUUUAUUAUUUUUAUUAUCUUGAACAUGAUGUAACAAGGAAAUGUCUCAUACGUAUCCUUCUCUGGAGGGUCUCGAAUACUGCUAUAUUUUUAUUAUUACAAUUUUUCUCAUUUUCACCAUGAAAUUUCAACUUAAUCUUAACGGACAGCUUUUUAUAUUAUAUAAAUAUAUAUUUAUAUUCGUAAGAGUUAAAGGUGCCUCGGAGUAUCGUCGUUACGUUCCUUUUAUUGAAAUAACGUAAAUUUCUAAUGGUUUCUCUAAAGCAAAAAUUGAGAUCUCAAUUAUUAUUAUUGUCAUAUCGACGAUUCUCCCUGGAUGUCUGUUGUUGGAAAAUCAAAAGACAAAAUUGUUCUUGUGAAAAAUCUUGGACAGCUGAAUUAUUUUUAUCUGUUAUCGCUGUGCAUUAGAAACGAAAAAUUUUCGACGGGUUACCGUAAGACAGAAAUACGAAUAGUAAGUUUAACAACGAAUUUCACAGAUAUCAGUAAACGAAGGCGAAUGUUAA